AUGUCUAGGCGAAAGCAGCGGAAACCCCAACAGUUAAUCUCGGACUGCGAAGGUCCCAGCGCGUCUGACAACGGUGAUGCUAGCGAGGAGGAGCACCCCCAAGUCUGUGCCAAGUGCUGCGCGCAGUUCACUAACCCGACUGAAUUCCUCGCUCACCAGAAUGCAUGUUCCACUGAGCCCCCUGUAAUGGUGAUCAUCGGAGGCCAGGAGAACCCCAACAAUUCUUCUGAACCCCGGCCUGAGGGCCGCAGUAGUCCCCAGGUCAUGGAGGUGGAGCACAGCAACCCCCCGGAUUCUGGGUCCUCCGUGCCCACAGAUCCCUCCUGGGGGGCAGAGCGGAGAGGAGAGGAGUCUGCAGGGCAUUUCCUAGUCGCUGGCACAGGUACAGCAGCUGGGGGAGGAGGAGGAGGAGGAGGCCUGAUCUUGGCCAGUCCCAAGCUGGGAGCAACCCCGUUACCUCCAGAGUCCACCCCUGCGCCACCUCCUCCGCCCCCACCGCCCCCACCGCAGCCCCCAGGUGUGGGCAGUGGCCACUUGAACAUCCCUCUGAUCCUGGAGGAGCUGCGAGUGCUGCAGCAGCGCCAGAUCCACCAGAUGCAGAUGACCGAGCAGAUCUGCAGGCAGGUACUCCUGCUCGGCUCCCUAGGCCAGACGGUGGGCGCCCCUGGCAGUCCCUCAGAGUUACCUGGGACAGGCACUGCCGCCGCCACCAAGCCCCUGCUUCCACUCUUCAGCCCCAUCAAGCCUGUCCAAACCAGCAAGACACUGGCAUCUUCCUCCUCCACCUCCUCCUCCGCAGGGGCAGAGACGCCCAAACAGGCUUUCUUCCACCUUUACCAUCCGCUGGGGUCGCAGCACCCUUUCUCUGCGGGAGGGGUUGGGCGAAGCCACAAGCCCCCGCCCGCCCCCUCCCCAGCCCUGCCAGGCAGCACAGAUCAGCUGAUGGCCUCGCCUCAUCUGGCAUUCCCAGGCGCCACGGGACUCCUGGCAGCACAGUGUCUUGGGGCAGCCCGAGGCCUGGAGGCCACCGCCUCCCCAGGGCUCCUGAAGCCAAAGAACGGAAGUGGCGAGCUGGGCUAUGGGGAAGUGAUGGGUCCCUUGGAGAAGCCUGGCGGCCGGCACAAAUGCCGCUUUUGUGCCAAAGUAUUUGGCAGUGACAGUGCCCUGCAGAUCCACCUGCGCUCACACACAGGUGAGAGGCCCUAUAAGUGUAAUGUCUGUGGCAACCGCUUUACCACCCGGGGCAACCUCAAAGUGCAUUUUCACCGGCACCGUGAGAAGUACCCGCACGUGCAGAUGAACCCCCACCCAGUGCCAGAGCACCUAGACUACGUCAUCACCAGCAGCGGCCUGCCCUAUGGUAUGUCUGUGCCGCCGGAGAAGGCUGAGGAGGAGGCAGCCGUGCCAGGUGGCGGUGUGGAACGCAAGCCUCUGGUGGCCUCCACCACAGCACUCAGUGCCACCGAGAGCCUGACGCUGCUCUCCACCGGAGCCGGCACAGCUGCAGCUCCCGCGCUCCCUGCUUUCAAUAAGUUUGUGCUCAUGAAAGCGGUGGAGCCAAAGAGUAAAGCUGAUGAGAAUACUCCUCCGGGGACUGAGGCCUCCGCCAUCGCAGGGGGCACGGAAAGCGGCGCAGCAACGCGCAUGCAGCUAAGUAAGUUGGUGACCUCACUUCCCAGCUGGGCUCUGCUUACCAACCACUUCAAGUCCACGGGGAGCUUCCCCUUCCCCUAUGUGCUGGAGCCCUUGGGGGCCUCGCCCUCUGAGACGUCGAAGCUGCAGCAGCUGGUGGAAAAGAUCGACCGGCAGGGAGCCGUAGCCGUGGCCUCGACUGCCUCAGGAGCCGCCACGACCUCUGCCCCUGCAGCUUCAUCCUCAGCUUCAUCGGGACCUAACCAGUGCGUCAUCUGCCUCCGGGUGCUGAGCUGUCCUCGAGCCCUGCGCCUGCAUUACGGUCAACAUGGAGGUGAGCGGCCCUUCAAAUGCAAAGUGUGUGGCAGGGCUUUUUCCACCCGGGGCAAUCUGCGUGCACAUUUCGUGGGCCACAAGGCCAGUCCAGCUGCUCGGGCCCAGAAUUCCUGCCCCAUCUGCCAGAAGAAGUUCACCAAUGCAGUUUCUCUGCAGCAGCAUGUUCGGAUGCACCUGGGGGGCCAAAUCCCCAAUGGUAGUAACCCGCUCCCCGAAGGUGGGGGAGCUGCCCAGGAGAAUGGCUCUGAGCAAUCUACAGUCUCUGGGGCAGGGGGCUUCCCGCAGCAACCAUCUCAGCAGCCAUCCCCAGAAGAGGAGUUGUCGGAAGAGGAGGAAGAGGAAGAGGAGGAAGAGGAAGACGUGACUGAUGAAGAUUCUCUGGCAGGAAGAGGCUCAGAGAGUGGAGGUGAGAAAGCGAUAUCAGUGCGAGGUGAUUCUGAAGAGGCAUCUGGAGCAGAGGAGGAAGUGGGGAUGGUGGUGGCAGCGGCCACAGCUGGGAAGGAGAUGGACAGUAAUGAGAAAGCAAUUCAACCUCCUUCGCUGCCACCGCCGCCACCAUCAGACAGCCUGGAUCAAACACAGCCGAGGGAGCAGGGAGGCAGUGAUGUUGCAGAAGUCACAGAAGAGGGGGGCAAACCAGAGAGGAGCUCAAGCCCAAAGGCAGCACUCGCCCUGGAAGGGGAAGGCAGUAGCACCACCUUGGUGGAGGAGCUGAGCAUGCAGGAGGUGAUGAGAAAGGAGCCAGGAGAGAGCAGUAGCAGAAAGGCCUGUGAGGUGUGUGGCCAGACCUUUCCCACCCAGGCAGCUCUGGAGGAGCAUCAGAAGACCCACCCCAAGGAGGGGCCACUCCUCACUUGUAUUUUCUGCAGGCAGGGCUUUCUCGAGCGGGCUACCCUCAAGAAGCAUAUGCUGCUGGCUCACCACCAGGUACAGCCCUUUGCCCCUCAUGGCCCUCAGAAUAUUGCUGCUCUUUCCUUGGUCCCGGGCUGUUCUCCCUCCAUCACUACCCCAGGGCUCUCCCCCUUUCCCAGAAAAGAUGACCCUACAAUCCCAUGAGCCUGUUUUUUGUUCCUGCUACCCUUUGACCUAGUUUGCAGAAACUUGAGAGCUCUGUAGAAGGACCUCUAAGAUUUAAGAGGCUUUGUUUGUCUUUUUCUCUUAAUUUCUUA